AUGUCGUGCGCAGGCGUGCAGGCGUGGAACAGUGGGCUGCAGGACACUAUCCUCUUGCGUCGAAAAUUGACGGAAAAUCUGGUUGCACUACAACACACUACACCUGAACAGCCCUACAGCAUUCUGCAUCGUCUAAAACUCGCCAGAGCCUACAAAGAUCUUGGCUACCCCGACCUCGCUGCUGGAGAUGCUUACAAAGCAUUGAUUCUGGUAGAUGAGUUGGCCGAGGAAGGCGAAUACCAUGAUGAAGCCCUAGAAGCAGCACAAGCCGACCUUGUCCCAGAAAAAUUGGCAGACCUGUCCAUAGGUGCCGAAAAAGAGACAGUUCCUUCGGAAUACAAUGAUACUAUUACUUAUGCAAAGACGAAAUGGUCAAGAGCAGCCCAUGAUAUUCUCAUCGAAAGCUUAUUAGAUUGCGGGUGCUUACGCAGUGCAUUUGAUUACAUUGCUCGUGGCAUGAAAGCAUUCCCUGAAGAUACCACCUUUAAGACUCACGAUGAGACCCUAUCACAACGUCUGAGGUCGCACUUUGGAGAAACCUUUGAGGAUGCAGAAGUGGAUGACUACCCCGACAAAGGACUUGUUCGCCGUGAAAAGUAUCCUUGGAAUGACUACGAGCCGGACCGCUUUUCGGCGGAAUGCUUGGACUUUCUCAACAGCGAGCUCGCAGACAUUGCGCCACGAUUGGAAGUGAGAGUGUCUGAACUACCCCUCCUCACCACCAGCUCCACCGUAAACGGGACAUCUUCAGAAACAAAGUACUCUAAGCAGCUAGGACUGUUUGCCAAGGAGGAUAUAAAGCCCGGAGAGACUAUCCUACAGGAGAAGUCGCUGCUUACAGGCAUCUCCAGACUGCACGAGUCAUAUUGCGAUGCCUGCAGUAUACCACUCUCCAACUCUGGGGACACAGCCGACGAAAUCAUCACCUGCGAAGAAUGCAACGAGGUCUUUUUCUGUACAGAAGAGUGUCACGAUCUUGCCCAGGAUCAUUACCACCCCUCAAUAUGCGGAGUAAGCGUCGAUCAAAGCAAGGUACCCGCUCGCGAAGCAGCAGACUAUCUCUACAGUCUUUUACUUGUCCGCGCGUUGGCAUUAGCUCAGACCCAGGAUCUCCACCCCCUGGAGCUGAAGGAAUUACGCUAUAUCUGGGGGGACUACCAUGGUAAGGAUCUCGAUACUGCAUGGAAAGCAGAUACAUCUGGUCGUCUAGCCGAUGCCUUUGCACAGGUGCCGCAAACUUUAUUUUUUUCCUUCCACAGCAACGUACUCAUGCCAAUCCACGUUCUCGAGCAAAUGGAUGUCAACAUCUUUACCGAAAGCCACCGCUACGACACGUGGAUCUUCAACACACUAUAUGCAAAGUUCCGGGGCACCGCGUCUGCACAACAAGGCUUGGACGGGAGACCUGAAAUCAGCGCUGUACACCCCAUGUGGUGUCUUGCGAAUCACAGCUGCGAUCCAAACGUAGCAUGGGAGUGGCGGGGCUCCAUGCGUUUCUGGACACGCAAGGAGCUCGUCGAGUGGAAAGGUAGAGAUCCUCUCAAGGGGCCUGGGCUCAAGAAAGACGAAGAAGUCUUUGGCCAUUACUGCGACGUACGCCUGUCAGUCAAGGAGAGACGCGAGUGGGCAGUUGGCGCCCUGGGCGGCGACUGCAUGUGUUCCAGAUGCGUGUGGGAAGAGGCGUUUGAACGCCAGCAGGGUAUUGCUCAGUAG